UAAAAGAAUUCCGAAUUACAGAAAAAAACCCGCCUCAGAUUCGGUGUUGUUGCACGAGGAGCCAUGUCUUGUUCUAAAGGAAAUUCUUCCAAACGUAAGUGUGAAAGUGUAUUUUGUUGUUAAUCAAACAAAGACUAGUGCUUGAUCCCUCCUGGUGUCUUCUCUACCUUUGUAGUUACUAGAAACGCUUUAAUUAUGGUUAUUUUGGGUAAAUUCACGACGGCCAUAUCGGGACGGGGACCAGGCUUAAGCACUAUGUGCGGGAUUUUACACGAAUUGUAUGAUGAGUGCAGAAAUAGUACUUAUAAUGAUUGCUGUGAUGUAUACUUCAAAGGCUACGAAGAAUGCCGUGAUUUUAAGAGGGACCCAAAACAUCAACCCUUGGCUGAAUUACGGAAGGAGUGGAAGAAAUCUAUCAAUGAUCAAGGUUUUGCCGAUGCGUUUGAUUACAUGAAGCAUUUACGUGAGCAAGACCCUGCGAUGUGCAGGAUAAUUUAUAAGUCAUACAAUGAGUGCAUUAGCAAAGGUUAUGAUGAUUGUGAGAGAUACCGCGAGUACAAUUGUCCCCAAUUCAAAUAGCCUUUUAACUGUGGUAUUGUUGUUCACUACACGAAUUUUAGCAGAAGAUUGAAAUCUAUAAAUUAUGCCAUUGCUUAGAGAUUUUGUAAGCAAUUAUCUAGUUAGAACAAUGCUUCAUCUUCAGUUACUUUUUUGGUAAAAAAUUUGCUUGAACGUAUUUAUAAAUGUUUAGUCUUGUACUUCGCUGUUUAACUUACAAAUUUACAAUAGUUAGAAUUAGGGCGUUUACAUUGAUGAUGGUAUUUGAGCAAACAGGUUAUUUUACCACUCAAAAAGCCGAAAAGCAUGCUUUAUUAAGCGAUGGAUGUAUGA